CAGGGCGCUGUUGCUGCCGACGGCUCGACGCUGACUGGCAGAAGAAGACUUCAACGGAGAAAAAGAGGAAUAAAAUGACAGGGCGCGCAAAAAGAAAACACAAAGCCGUUCAGGAAAAAGGCACAAAUAAUGGAGAGGUGAAGAAAGCUCGAAGUGAAGAAUCCAAUGAUGUGCCGCCAUCAGGAGUGAAAUCGGAGCAACGUGAUGAGCUGAUGCAGUUGUACAGUUUUCAAAUGCCAGAAGAUCUGUACCACUUCUGGGAAUUCUGCAGCGAGCUUUGCGCUGACAACCCCUGUGGUGCUCUGAAAGACUCGCUGGGAUUGCAGCUAGUUGGACCAUUUGAUAUUUUGGCAGGAGCUCACAAAAACUCCAAGAAUUCCCAGCCGAACUUCCACCUUCACUGGCGAUAUUUUUAUGACCCACCAGAGUUUCAGACCAUACUCGCAGGGAGUGAGGACAGCCAGCAUCACAUUGGUUACUACAGAGAUACUCCAGACUCCCUCCCUUCGUUUGUUGGGGAAAAUGAAGCCAAGAAGGGCUGUACUAUAACACAGAUGGGGGACAACGUGUUUGCUGCAGUCCACCUGUAUCUGCUGAGGAAGAGGAAAGAGAGGGGCAGUAAGAAAACUGGGGAUGAGGCGUUGGAAACCUUGGAGGCAAAGCUGAGAGACAAAGCACAGACUCUGGGCUUUUCUCUGGAGCAGAAGACCAAAGACAUGAAGCAGAGAGACAAGAAGGUCGUAACAAAGACAUUCCACGGCGCGGGCAUUGUUGUACCUGUAGACAAGAAUGAUGUUGGAUACAGGGAACUUCCAGAAACAGAUGCUGGUCUCAAGAAAAUUUGUAAAGCCAUUGUCGAAGCACGGACUGAUGAAGAACGCGUCAAAGCUUUUGGACCAAUCCAGGAAAUGAUAACAUUUGUUCAGUUUGCUAAUGAUGAGUGCGAUUAUGGCAUGGGUUAUGAACUGGGAAUAGACCUCUUCUGUUAUGGAUCUCAUUACUUCCACAAGGUUAUCAAGCAACUUUUGCCCAUGGCUUACAACUUACUGAAAAGGAACUUGUUCGGGGAAAUUUUGGAGACCCAUCUGUCAAGUCGUAUCCAUGACAACAUAGACCAACUCUCUCCACAUUAAAACAAAACAAAAAAUAUUCAGAAGUACAUUUCUAUUCUGGCUCUUUAUAAGCUUUCCCACCAUGUGUUCUUGUCUUCUGUUGUUUGUCAUUGCUGAUAUUUUUGGUGGAUUUGUGCUGCUGUCACUAACUGGAAACAGUUCAGUGAUGUCUUGUUUGUAAAAGGUAGCUGUUCAAUAAAGCUUUUUUUUAAAUAUA